GUAGGGGGAGGGAGUAUGGUGGUGGCGCGGUGUGAGGGUGCAGGGAUGCAGCAGCAUCCUUCCGUCGCGCCCACGGCACCGCCCCCUGGGUAUGGGUACGCGUGGCCGCCUCCCGGGGCCCCGGUGCUGCGGGUGUAUGACCGCCUCACCACACAGCUGCUACGGCAUGACACACUAACGGCGCUGGACCUCCUGCGCUGCCCCGGCGUGGCCACCAACAAGGCCGGGCCGCAUCACCACAACUACUGGCCGCACAAGGCCAGGUUCCCGCAGAACUACACAGCUGGUGAUGUGGGAUUUAGUAGUGGGCCGGGUGGGGCCUCGGGAGGGUCGCUAAGACUCUCCCAAUACCCCUCAACCCACCCUCCCCCGGCUGCUGCCCAACAGCCUCCACAAGGGCCCCCACAGUUGCGCACACAGGGACAGCCGCCUCCCCAUAACCAGCACCCAGCUUCAGCUGCUCCCCCUGUGCCGCACUCGCAGCAUCUCACGCAUACCCACGCUACGUUAUCACAGCAUCAUCCAGUCUUACAGAGUGGAGGUGUAGGUGGGCACGGCACAGGUGGAGUGGGCCAAGGAGUGGGUCAGGUUGGUGGAGUGCCACCUGGGCCAAGCCCUCAGCCCCCGGGACCGCCACACGACCUCAAUACACAAGCACUCCCACCAGGUUCAACACAGCAAAUACAACAAGGCUCAGGAGGGACCUUACCGGUGGCAUCACACAACAUGAUGUACUCCACCACGACACAGAAUCAGCCCCAGGGACCACAACCUAAUGCUCAGGGUCAAUAUUACCCUCAUCCCGGAGGACCAAGUGCCCCACCACACUUGCACUCCAGUGGCCAACCACGGCAGGUCACCAUAGCGCAUUCACACAAUAUGGCAAAUUUUCCUGUUAUGCCAGGCAUGAUGCCGUUUUACCCCUCUGCCCACAGUCCGGGAAGUUUAGUAUAUCAACUAUCACCGAAUGGGAUACGCCCUAUCCUCAACGGCGUGCCAGCUGGGAGAGGUCGAUGGAUGUCCAACCGUGCGUCCCACCCAACUGACCUAGAGUUUCCAAUGGGUCCGCCACGGCAGGCAACGCCACACACGCAGCCUGGGCAGUUCCACACCCCACAGAUGACUCAGCCUCACCCCACAGGCCACUUCCAACCCAUGCAGUACCACCAGGCUUCGGGAGGUAAGCACGAGGCCACACCUACCAUGCAGUUUCGGCAGCCCCAGGGAGUGUUUUACCCACCAAACAGUCAACACCAGCAGAUGAAGCCAGGUUCAGGACAAGUCCCACAAAGGGAGCGCAAGACGCUAGCAAUUGUAGACCCUAAUACUGGUAAAAACAUUCUUGAUGACAUGAACAUGAAGUUUGACAAGAGCCCAACUCCUCCCCAGUCAUCAGAGUCUAGUGCUAGUAACACUCCAGCACCAAUGGCUGUGACCUUUGAUACAGAAAUCAACAAUGUUUUGAAUAAGAAAGACUUAUAUUUUAUGUUCACUUCAGAUCCCAAAAACCUCACCCAAACAAAGCAGCAACAGCAGCAGCAGCAACAGCAACAGCAACAGCAACAGCAGCAAGACUCUCAGCCAUUGCCACCACAGCCGAUGCCUCAGCAAGCUCAGCAGCCUUUGCAGCAGUUGUCACAGCAGCCACCACAACAGUUGCCACAGCAGCAACCACCACCACCACAACAGCAUCAGCCACAGCAGCCACCACCGCAGAUACAGCAACAGCCCCCACAGCAUCAAGCACAGCAUCAACCACAGAAGCAGAAGUCCCCAGCUCCACAGCAGCCAGUACAGCCCCAGGCACAGCCUCAGGCACAGCCUCAGGCACAGCCUCAGGCACAGCCCCAGCCGCAGCCCCAACCUCAGUCCCAGCCUCCCCCACAACAACAGCAGCAGCAGCAGGCUCAGCCCCAGGCCCCGCCCCCACACCAGCCCCAGAUGCCCCCCCAGGCCCAGCCACAGGUCGCUCCACAGACCCAGCCGAAGGCGCAGCCCCAACCCCAGGCACCGGUCCAGCCGCCACCGCAAAAGCCAGUACAGCAGCAGCAGCAGCAGCAGCUGCAACAGCCGUUGCCAGCAUUGCCACAGCAGCCGUCAGAACCAGCCCCUCCUCAGACACAACCGCAGCAGCAGCAGCCACUGCCGCAGAGGCAACAGCAACCACAACAGCCACAGCAACAGCCAUCACCACCACAACAGCAGCAGCAGCAACAGCAGCAGCAGCAGCAGCAGCACAGCUACAGAACUCGCAGCCGCCUCCGCCGCAGGGCCAGAAGCGCCCCGAGCCCUCGCCGAAGCCCGAUCGUGGUGCCGCCUCUGAAGAUCCCCCAGCAGCCUGAGGCCAAGGAGAGCGCGGCCAGCAAGCCUGAGCCCGAGGCGGCCCCCGCCAAGCAGGCGAGCAGCAAGGCGGCCCCUGCGCCCGCGCCCAAGCAGAAGGAGAAGGAGCCCACGCCCGAGCCGCAGCCCGUGCAAGGCAAGCGUGGAAGGGGGGUUCCCCGAGAAGAAACCACACCAGCCAGAGAGACUGUGGAGGAGCCCCCAGCUCAGCCCCAGCAGCCACAGUUACCAAGCCAACCCCAGAAGGCUGCAACACCACCUGCAGCUCAAAAUGCCACCAAGCCCACUAGCCAGCCUGUUGUUCAACCUCCAAAGGAGAAGACGCCAGAGCUAGCUCAGCCUGUGAAAUCACAGCUGCCACCAGUGCAGAAGCCGGCGUCCGCUCCCUCCUCCAAAGAGGCAACACCCCAGCCAGAGUCCUCCCCCUCCCCCCCUGAGGAGGUGCCUAGUGACCGUGCCUCGAAGGAGAGGGAAGUAAACAGCAUAGAGCGAGAAGUCAACAAUGUUCAUGAUGAGGAGGAGAAGAAGGAUGAUGGCCCUCAGCUGAAGUACAACUAUAAGGAUGAUCAGUGGAGCCCUGUAAAUCCUGAUGGUAAACGUCAGUAUGACCGCAGAUUUCUCCUUGAGCUCCAGAAUAACCCACUCUCCCUUAAGAAGCCGGAGUCCCUCCCAACUUGGAGGUGGUCCGUGAUGGUCCAGGAAGGGACUUCCGCACAUUAUCGCUAUAUUUCGAAUAUGCCGCCAGUGACCUUAGAUGUUGACGCGGCCCACCACAUCAAGUGUUUCCGCGGCCUCCGCGGAUCGGCAAAGGCCAUCCUUAUUUACAUUAGUCAUACUGUUUUCUUCUGUUACUAUGCUUACUAA